CUCCCAGUCAGGUGUGCAGGGGUGCCCCUCAGCGCUCAGGUCCGGCUUCUCGCUGUCCCCGUCCGGGGUUAUGACGUUUCUCUUCCCCCUUACCACCUGGGCACCGGACUCCCUCUGAGAGCUCCCCACGUCCCGUCCUCCUGAGCUGAAAUGGGGGCUAGUUAUUCCAGGCCCCCCCUUCCCUAAUCUCUUCCUCCAAUUUCCCCUUGGUUCCAGCUUCCUCCCUCCGCCCCCUUUAGGGGAAAGGGCGCCUGUGGCUCCGGCUUCUCCCAGUCCAAGUGCUGCCUAAUCAGUAGUGGUUGGAAUCCAGAGCUGGGGGGCCAGGUGGAUGGCCCUUGGGGUGCAGAGCAAGGAGCCCUUGCAUGCCUCAUCAUGGGGGUGGGGGGGUACCAGGGGACAGAGAAGCUAGCCCGGCCCACAGCGGGAGCACCAUCAAUAUUUGCUGAUGUUUAGGACAGGAGGAGAGGCACCGGUGGUGCCUGGAAGAGGGGCAUGGUGUCCCUAGGAAUCAUCUGUGAAAGGCCUUUCUACCUCCCGGGUGGGCUUCUCGUGGUCCUGGGAGCGGAGUGUGUCACUGUGUUUUGGGGUGAGGUGCCAGCACCGGUGUCUCUCCCUGUGAGACCUGCAGUGGGAGUGGGAGUGUGUGACUGAGAGAGUGUCUGGGUGUGCAUACGAGACUGGGACUGGGACAGUGGCCCUGCCGUUUCAAGGAUCCCACUGGAGAGCUCCCCGAGGAGUGCUCGUGGCACCCUCUGUUGGUGCCAGGACCACCGGUGGGCCCAGAAGAAAUGCCUAGCGAGGCUCUGGUUCCCCACAGCCUCCUCUCCCCAGGUGGGGUGACUAUGAGGGAUGCUCAAAGGCUUAGGGGGUGGAGGGUUAUGAAAUGAGACCCAGGCCACAUUCCAGCCUGGGUGUCCUCGGAGCUGGUAACCAGGAUGUAACCAGGAUUCCCCUGGGGCACCUGCUGCUGCCCCUUCCCAAACAGACGGAUGCUGGGCUUAUGAUAUCCGGCUGCCUUGCCCCCAGGGCCCCUCUGUCUCCUGCCACCCCACCCCCCACUUCCCAUCCCAGACACUCCUCCCAGAGGCUUGCCCUCAUUCCCUGGCCAGGGCUUCCUAAUUCUGGAGCUCAGGGACCCUAGGAGACUCUCUAAGAAGGAGAUCAGAGUGGACCCAGGCAGCCAUACAUAAUCACCCCCACCCAAGCGUCAAAGUCCCCCAAAGGUGACCUGUGGAGGCACCAUGCUGCUCCCUGCCCUGCUUUUUGGGAUGGCGUGGGCACUUACUACUGGGCGGUGGUGUGAGCAGAUGGAGACCAUCCUGGUGGAGGAGGAAGUGACCCCGCGUCAGGAGGACCUGGUGCCCUGCACCAGCCUCUACCAUUACCGGCGCCUGGGCUGGCGGCUGGACUUGUCCUGGAGUGGACGCUCCAGGCUCUGUCCCAUCUACAAGCCCCCAGAAACGCGGCCUGUUGCAUGGAACCGGACGGUGAGGGCCUGCUGCCCAGGCUGGGGGGGCACCCACUGCACCCUGGCCCUUGCAGAAGCCAGCCCCGAAGGCCACUGCUUUGCCACGUGGCAGUGCCAGCCUCAGGCAGGCUCAGCUAAUGCUUCUGCAGGAAGCCUGGAGGAGUGCUGUGCCCAGCCUUGGGGACACAGCUGGCGGGAUGGCCACUCCCAGGCCUGCCUCAGCUGCUCCAGCCAACAGCUCCCAGGCAGCACCCCCUCUCCAGCCCUCCUGCAGCCUCUGCCAGGGGCUGUGGCCCAACUCUGGAGCCAGCGCCAGCGUCCUUUAGCCACCUGUGCCACCUGGUCCGGCUUCCACUAUCGCACCUUUGAUGGGCGCCACUACCACUUCCUGGGCCGCUGCACUUACCUGCUGGCUGGUGCUGCUGAUUCCACCUGGGCUGUCCACCUCAGGCCCAGGGGCCACUGUCCCCAGCAGGGGCACUGCCAGCUGGCCCGGGUGCUGAUGGGACCAGAGGAAGUGCUGAUUCAGGGUGGAAAUGUCUCUGUGAAUGGGCAGCUGGUACCUGAGGGGGAGUCUCAGCUGCUCCCGGGGCUGAGCUUGCAGUGGCAAGGAGACUGGCUGGUGCUGUCAGGAGGCCUGGGGGUCGUUGUGCGGCUGGAUAGGUCCAGUUCGGUCUCCGUUUCUGUAGACCGUGAGCUCCAGGGACAGACUCAAGGCCUCUGUGGGCUCUACAAUGGUCGGCGUGAAGAUGAUUUCCUGGAGCCAGGAGGGGGGCUGGCUGCAUUAGCUGCCACCUUUGGGAAUUCCUGGAGGCUCCCUGACUCAGAGCCUGGGUGUCUGGAUGCGGUGGAGGCAGCCCAGGGCUGUGAGGAGCCUCUGAGGGGCACAGAGGUGGGCAUGGAGGCCAGCCAGCUGCGGGCUGAAGCCCAAGAUAUGUGCCACCAGCUGCUGGAUGGUCCAUUCAGAGAAUGCCAUGCCCAGGUGCCCCCUGCUGAGUACCACGAGGCCUGCCUCUUUGCCUACUGCGCUGGGGCCCCAGCGGGCGGUGGGCGAGAGGGCCGCAGGGAGGCUGUGUGCGUCACCUUGGCCAGCUACGCCCAGGACUGUGCCAAGCGGCACAUCCGCGUGCUCUGGAGGAAGCCCGGCUUCUGUGAGCGCCUGUGCCCCGGCGACCAGCGGUACUCGGACUGCGCCUCCGCCUGCCCGCGCAGCUGCUCCGGGGCGGGCGCGGGAGGGGAGGGGUCCUGCGAGGAGCAAUGCGCGAGCGGCUGCGAGUGCGCGCCCGGCCUCUUCUGGGACGGCGCCCUCUGCGUGCCCGCCGCGCGCUGCCCCUGCUACCACCGACGCCAGCGCUACGCCCCCGGGGACACCGUGCGCCAGCUGUGCAACCCGUGCGUGUGCCAGGACGGCCGCUGGCUCUGCGCGCAGGCGCCGUGUCCGUCGGAGUGCGCCGUGGGCGGGGACGGGCACUACCACACCUUCGACGGGCGGAGCUUCUCCUUCCGCGGCCGGCCGGGCUGCCGCUCCGUCCUGGCGCAGGACUUGGCCAAGGGGCAGCUGUCGAUCGUGCUGGAGCACGGAGCCUGCGACUCUGGGAGCUGCCUCCACGCCAUCUCUGUCUCCCUGCGGGACACCCAUGUCCAGCUCCGGGACUCAGGAGCUGUCCUGGCCAAUGGGCAGGAUGUGGGCCUGCCCUGGAGCAGCCCCGAGGGCCUCAGCGUCUCCCAAGCCUCCUCCACCUUCCUGCUGCUACGCUGGUCUGGAGCCCAGGUCCUCUGGGGGGUGUCUGACCCUGCAGCCUACAUCACCCUGGACCCCCGCCAUGCCUACCAGGUGCAGGGGCUAUGUGGCACCUUCACCUGGAACCAGCAGGACGACUUCCUGACACCUGCUGGUGACGUGGAGACCAGCGUUGCUGCCUUUGCUGGCAAGUUCCAGCUUGCAGGCGAGGGAAGGUGCCCCUCAGAGGACAGCACCCCGCUUUCCCCCUGCAGCACCCACACUCAACACCACAUUUUUGCGGAGGCAGCCUGUGCCGUCCUACACAGCCCAGCCUUCCAGGAGUGCCACAGGCUGGUGGACAGGGAGCCCUUCCACCUGCGCUGCUUGGCAGCCGUGUGUGGCUGUGCCCCUGGCAGGGACUGCCUGUGCCCGGUGCUCACUGCCUAUGCUCGCCGCUGUGCCCAGGAGGGUGCCCUGUCUCCCUGGAGGAACCAGACCCUCUGCCCUGUCCUGUGUUCUGGGGGCCAGGAGUACCAGGAGUGUGCCCCAGUGUGCGGUCGAAACUGUGGGGAACCGGAGGACUGUGGGGAGCUGGGUGGCUGUGUGGCUGGUUGCAACUGCCCCUCAGGGCUGCUGUGGGACUCCGAGGGCCAGUGCGUGCCCCCCAGCUUGUGCCCCUGCCAGCUUGGAGCCCAUCGCUAUGCCCCUGGCAGUGCCACCAUGAAGGACUGCAACCGCUGUGUCUGCCAGGACAGGGGCCUCUGGAACUGCACUGCUCGCCGCUGCGCCCCCCAGCGGACAGUCUGCCCCCAUGAGCUGGUCUAUGUCCCUGGUGCCUGCCUCCUCACCUGUGACAGCCCCAGUGCCAACCACUCUUGCCCCCCAGCCAGCCCAGGGGACUGUGUCUGUCCUCCAGGCACUGUGUUGCUGGACCAGCGCUGUGUGCCUCCUGAGCUCUGUCCCUGCCGCCAUGGCGGGAGGUGGUAUCCACCCAACGCUACCAUCCAGGAAGACUGCAACAUUUGCGUGUGCCAAGGCCGGCACUGGCACUGCACGGGCCAGCAGUGCAGCGGACGGUGCCAGGCAUCAGGUGCCCCCCACUAUGUGACAUUCGAUGGGCUGGCCCUCACCUUCCCUGGGGCCUGCGAAUACCUGCUGGUGCGAGAGGCCAGCGGCCAGUUUGCAGUCUCUGCCCAGAACCUGCCCUGUGGGGCCAGCGGCCUCACCUGCACCAAGGCACUGACUGUGCGACUGCAGAGCACUGUCGUGCACAUGCUCAGAGGCCGGGCAGUGACAGUGAAUGGGGCGAGUGUAACACCCCCCAAGGUCUACACGGGCCCUGGGCUGAGCCUGCGCAGGGCUGGCCUCUUCCUGCUGCUCACAACGCGCUUGGGCCUCACCCUGCUCUGGGAUGGAGGCACCCGGGUCCUGGUGCAGCUGUCCCCGCAGUUCCGCGGCCGUGUGGCUGGGCUGUGUGGAGACUUCGAUGGAGAUGCCAGUAACGACCUGCAGAGCCGCCAGGGAGGAGUCCUGGAGCCCACUGCUGAGCUGGCCGCCCACUCUUGGCGCCUCAGUCCCCUCUGCCCCGAGCCAGGGGACCUGCCCCACCCUUGCACCGUAAAUGCCCACCGGGCCGCCUGGGCUCGCUCCCGCUGCGGGGUGCUGCUGCAGCCACUCUUUGCCCGGUGCCAUGCGGAGGUGCCCCCACAGCAGCACUACGAGUGGUGCGUGUACGAUGCCUGCGGCUGUGACUCAGGAGGCGACUGUGAGUGUCUCUGCUCGGCCAUUGCCGCCUACGCAGACGAAUGUUCCCGGCAUGGGCUCCACCUGCGCUGGCGCAGCCAGGAACUCUGCCCUCUGCAAUGUGAAGGAGGCCAGGUGUAUGAGGCCUGUGGCCCCAUGUGUUCCCCCACCUGCCAUGACCACGGUCCUGGAGCUGGGUGGCAUUGCCAGGCCGUUACCUGUGUGGAGGGCUGCUUCUGCCCUGAGGGGACCCUGCUGCAUGGAGGAGUCUGCUUGGAACCAGCUCUCUGCCCCUGUGAGUCAGGGGGCAGCUUCUUCCCGCCAGGGACUGUGCUGCAGAAGGACUGUGGGAACUGCACGUGCCAGGAGAGUCAGUGGCUUUGUGGGAGUGACAGUGCCCACUGCGAGGAGCCUGUGCCUGGCUGUGCAGAGGGAGAGGCCCCAUGCCAGGAGAGCGGCCACUGUGUGCCCCACCAGUGGCUCUGUGACAACCAGGAUGACUGUGGCGAUGGCUCAGAUGAGGAGGGCUGUGCCACUCCAGGCUGCGGGGAGGGGCAGGUGUCUUGCAGCUCCGGCCACUGCCUGCCCCUGGCCCUGCUCUGUGACGGACAGGAUGACUGUGGAGAUGGGACGGAUGAGCAGGGCUGCCCCUGCCCCCAGGGCUCUCUGGCCUGUGCUGAUGGGCGCUGCCUGCCCCCAGCCCUGCUCUGCGAUGGGCACCCUGACUGUUCAGACGCUGCUGACGAGGAGUCCUGUCUGGGGCAGGUGAACUGCACCCAGGGGGAGGUGUCCUGCUUCGAUGGCACCUGCGUAGAGGCCAUCCAUCUGUGCGAUGGAAACUGGAACUGCCCAGAUGGAGCAGAUGAGGGACCUGGGCACUGCCCCCUCCCCUCUCUGCCCAUCCCCCCUGCUGGCACCUUACCCAGCCCCUCUGCUGGCUCCUGGGACAUUGCACCAACUCCCCUGGCCAGCACCAGCCCUGCGCCCCCUUGCGGCCCCCGGGAAUUCCCGUGCGGCAGCGGCUCCAGCCAGCUGCCCCCAUGCGGAGACCUCUUCCGCUGUCCUUCGGCUCCCCAGCUGUGCUUGAACCUUGAGUGGCUGUGUGAUGGGAUCCCCGACUGUCUCCAGGGCGAGGACGAGCUGGCCUGUGAGGGGCUGCCAGUCCCUGGAGGCCCCAACAGGACGGGGGCUCCCUGCCCGGAAUACUCCUGUCCCAACGGCCUCUGCAUCGGUUUCCAGCUGGUGUGUGAUGGGAAGGCAGACUGCGAAACGACAGGAGAGGCAGAGCUCUCCCCAGAAGAGCAGGGUUGUGGGGCCUGGGGACCCUGGAGCCCGUGGGGAUGGUGCAGCCACAGCUGUGGGCCUGGGGUGCAGGGCCGGAGCCGCCACUGUUCCCCGCCCAGGCUCCCGGUGCUGCAGCUCUGCCAGGGCCCUGAGCACCAGACUCAGGCCUGCUUCAUGGCUGCCUGCCCAGUGGACGGUGAAUGGACCUCCUGGUCUCCCUGGUCCUUGUGCUCUGAGCCUUGCCAGGGAACCAUGACCCGGCAGCGACAGUGCCACCCACCCCAGAAUGGGGGCCAGGCCUGCGCCAUGCUGCCUGGGGGCCCUCACAGCACCCGUCAGACCCGGCCCUGCCCUCAGGAUGGCUGCCCCAAUGCCACCUGCUCUGGGGAACUGGUAUUCUGGCCCUGUGCCCCCUGCCCUCUCACCUGCGAUGACAUCUCUGGUCAGACCCUUUGCCCUGCUGACCGGCCGUGCAGCAGCCCAGGCUGCUGGUGCCCCAAAGGGCAGGUGCUGGACAGUGAGGGGCAGUGUGUACGGCCUGGGCAGUGCCCCUGCCAGGUGGAUGGUGCCCGCUACUGGCCUGGGCAGCACAUCAAGGCUGACUGCCAGCUCUGCAUCUGCCAAGACGGGCAACCCCGGAGCUGCUGGCCUGACCCCGACUGUGCUGUGAACUGUGGCUGGUCGCCCUGGUCCCCCUGGGCUGAGUGCCUGGGUCCCUGCGGGAGCCAGAGCAUUCAGUGGUCCUUCCGGAGCCCCAGCAACCCCCGCCCCUCCGGCCGCGGUCGCCGGUGCCGAGGCAUCCACCGCAAAGCCCGCAGGUGCCAGACCGAGCCUUGUGGGGACUGUGAGCAUCAGGGCCAGGCCCACCACGUCGGGGAACGCUGGCAGGAGGGCACCUGCACGGUCUGCCAGUGUCUGUACAACCGCACAGCGCGCUGUUCCCCCUACUGCCCGCUGGGCAGCUGCCCCCAGGGCUGGGUCCUGGUGGAGGGAAUGGGAGAGCCCUGUUGCCACUGCGCCCCGCCUGGGACGGGGCCAGUGAGCCAUGCACCAGCCUUGGAGGCGACUCACCCAAGCCCUGUGCCGAGAGCAACUGUCACCUCCACAUCCCAGCCUGAGGCCACAGCCUUGCGACCAGGAAUGGCAGCCGUGACAGUGCUGCCCCCCUACCGCAUGACUCCAGCGGCCCCUGCCAGCCAGAGCAUCGCCCCAGGGCCCUUCCCGCCCAUUCGGUGCAGCCCAGGCCAGGUGCCCUGUGAGGUGCUGGGCUGCGUGGAGCAGGAGCAGCUGUGCGAUGGGAGGGAGGACUGUUUGGACGGCUCUGAUGAGAGGCGCUGUGCGAGCGCUGUGCCCUUCACGGUGCCCACCACAGCCUUGCCUGGGCUGCCCUCCCCGCGAGCCCUCUGCUCCCCGAGGCAGCUGACCUGUGGCAGUGGGGAGUGCCUGGCCCCCGAGCUGCGUUGUGACCUGCGGCCUGACUGCCAGGACGGCUCAGAUGAGGAGGGCUGUGUGGACUGUAGGCUGGCGCCCUGGUCCGGCUGGAGCCCUUGCAGCCUCAGCUGUGGUCUGGGCGUCACCUUCCAGCGCCGGGAGCUGCUGCGGCCUUUGCUGCCUGGGGGCAGCUGCCCACCUGACCGGCUCCGCAGCCAGCCCUGUUUCAUGCAGGCCUGCCCAGUGGCUGGGGCGUGGACUGUGUGGGAAGCAUGGGGACCCUGCAGCGUCUCUUGUGGGGGUGGUCAUCGGAGUCGCCAGAGGAGCUGUGUGGACCCCCCACCCAAGAACGGCGGUGCCCCCUGCCCCGGGGCCUCCCAGGAGAGGACACCCUGUGGCUUGCAGCCCUGCACAGGGGACACAGACUGUGGGCCAGGCCGUGUGCAUGUCAAUGCUUCCCUGUGCCAGAAGGGGCUGGUGCCCCUGUGCCCACCCUCCUGCCUGGAUCCUGAGGCCAACAAGAGCUGCAGCGGGCACUGUGUGGAGGGAUGCCGCUGUCCCCCUGGGCUUCUCCUCCAUGACGCUCGCUGCCUGCCCCUCUCCCAGUGCCCCUGCCUUGUGGGCGGAGAGCUGAGGCAGCCCGGGCUCUCCUUCCUCCUGGACAACUGCAGCCAAUGCAUGUGUGAGAAGGGGGUGCUGCUGUGCGAACCAGGGGUCUGCCCGGUGCCCUGCGGCUGGUCAGCCUGGUCCUCCUGGAGUCCCUGCGACCGCUCCUGUGGCUCUGGAGUGAGGGCCAGGUUCAGAUCUCCCUCCAACCCUCCGGCCGUUUCCGGGGGUGUGCCUUGUGAGGGCGACACACAGGAGCUGCAGGCGUGCCACACAGAGUGCGGGACAGAGGCGCUGGGCUGGACGCCCUGGGCACCCUGGUCCGCCUGCUCCCAGAGCUGCCUUACCCCUGGAGGGGGCCCAGGCUGGCGCAGUCGUUCCCGGCUCUGCCCCAGCCUGGGGAACACAUCCUGCCCUGGAGAGGCCGCUCAGGAGGAGCCCUGCAGUCCCCCUGUGUGCCCAGUGCUGAGCGCCUGGGGUCUAUGGGCCCCCUGGUCUACCUGCUCAGCCCCCUGUGAUGGAGGCAUCCAGACGCGUGGGCGCAGCUGCUCUGGCUCGGCUGCUGGGGAUGCCGAGUGCCAGGGACCCCACAGCCAGACCAGGGACUGCAACACGCAGCCCUGCACAGCCCAGUGCCCAGGGGACAUGGUGUUCCGCUCAGCCGAGCAGUGCCGCCAAGAGGGGGGUCUGUGCCCUAGGCUGUGCCUGGCGCAAGGCCCUGGGGUGGAAUGUACCAGCUCCUGUGCCCCCGGCUGCGCCUGUCCCCCUGGCCUCUUUUUGCACAACGCCAGCUGCCUACCCCGCAAUCGGUGCCCCUGCCAGAUGCACGGGCAUGUCUACGAACCAGGAGAAAUUGUCCUGCUGGACUCAUGUAACAACUGCACCUGUGUCUCUGGCGAGAUGGCCUGCACCUCGGAGCCCUGCCCAGUGGCCUGUGGCUGGAGCCCCUGGACCCCAUGGAGUACCUGCAGCCGCAGCUGCAACGUAGGGAUCCGGCGGCGUUUCCGGGCAGGCACUGCACCCCCAGCUGCCUUUGGGGGUGCUGCGUGCCAGGGCUCCAGUAUGGAGGCCGAAUUCUGCAGCCUGAGGCCAUGUCAAGGUCCCGGCGCGGAGUGGGGCCCCUGGUCUCCGUGCUCCGUGCCCUGUGGCGGUGGCUUCCGGAACCGCACCCGAGGCAGUGGCCCGAACAGCCCCGUGGACUUCUCCACCUGUGGCCUGCAGCCCUGUACAGGGCCAGUGCCUGGCGUAUGUUCUGGGGACAAGCAGUGGCUAGACUGUGCCCAGGGCCCUGCCUCCUGUGCAGAGCUCAGCGCCCCCGGAGGCACUAACCAGACCUGCCUGCCUGGCUGCUACUGUGCUCCCGGGAUGCUCCUGCUGAACAACGUGUGUGUGCCCACCCAGGACUGCCCCUGUGCCCACGGGGGACGCCUCCACCCCCCGGGUAGUACUGUGCUUCGUCCCUGUGAGAACUGCUCCUGUAUCUCUGGGCUCAUCACCAACUGCACCUCCUGGCCCUGCGAGGCGGGUCAGCCCACGUGGUCGCCCUGGACCCCAUGGAGCGAAUGCUCGGCCUCCUGUGGCCCUGCCCACCGCCACCGGCACCGCUUCUGCACCAGGCCUGCUGGUAUGGGUGUGGCGCUGUCCAGCAGGGCGCCGCUGCCCCCACGGGCCUCUCCGGCGCCUCUUUGCCCAGGCCCCGAGGCUGAGGAGGAGCCCUGUGCCCUGCCCACCUGUGACCGAGCUGGGGGCUGGGGUCCUUGGGGGCCCUGGUCCAGCUGCAGCCGGAGCUGUGGGGGAGGCCUGAGGAGCCGGACUCGAACUUGUGACCAGCCCCCACCCCAGGGCCUGGGGGACUACUGCGAGGGGCCUCAAGCCCAGGGGGAGGCCUGCCAGGCUGGGCCAUGCCCAGUGACCGACUGCACCUCCAUCGAAGGGGCUGAGUUUAGCACGUGUGGCCCGCCCUGCCCUCGCUCCUGUGAUGACCUCGUGCACUGUGUGUGGCACUGCCAGCCGGGCUGCUACUGUCCCCCAGGCCAGGUGCUGAGUGCAGACGGGGCCGUCUGUGUGCAGCCCGGCCACUGUGGCUGCCUGGACCUGCUGACUGGGGUGCGGCACCAUCCAGGUGCUCAGCUGGCGAGGCCAGAUGGCUGCAACUACUGCACCUGCUCGGAGGGAAAGCUGAACUGCACGGACCUGCCUUGCCCACUACCUGGUGGCUGGUGCCCGUGGUCGGAAUGGACAGCGUGCUCCCAGCCCUGCAGAGGGCAGACAAGGACCCGCUCCAGGACCUGUUCCUGUCCUGUCCCCCAGCACGGAGGGUCCCGCUGCCCUGAGGAGGCAGGGCAGUCAGGGACCCAGCACCAGAGAGAGCCGUGCCCCAGCCCCGGCGAGUGCCCAGUGGAUGGAGCCUGGAGCCCAUGGGGACCAUGGUCUCCCUGUGAUGCGUGCCUGGGGCAGUCCCACCGGAGCCGGGCAUGCAGCUGGCCCCCCACCCCUGCAGGAGGCAGGCCCUGCCCUGGGGGUCACAGGCAGAGUCGCCCCUGCCAGGACAAUUCCACUCGAUGCUCAGGGGCUGCGGGGUCCACGGUGGAGCCAGUGACAGACCUUGCAGGUGGCUGGGGCCUGUGGUCCCCAUGGUCCCCCUGCUCCCGCAGCUGCACAGACCCAGCUCAGCCCGCUUGGCGCAGCCGCAGUCGCCUCUGCCUGGCAAACUGCACUGGCAGGGACACCUCGCAGGAGCGCCCUUGCAACCUGCCCUCCUGUACAGGGCUGCCCCUGUGCCCCGGCCCUGGCUGCGUGGCCGGGAACUGUUCCUGGACUGCCUGGGCCCCAUGGGAACCUUGCUCCCGAAGCUGCGGGGUGGGCCAGCAGCGCCGCCUGCGGGCGUACCAUCCCCCAGGGCCGGGCGGGCACUGGUGCCCGGACAUCCUUACUGCUUAUCAGGAGCUCCGCUUCUGCAACCUUCGCGCUUGCCCAGUGCCCAGAGGCUGGUCACGCUGGAGCCCCUGGUCCUGGUGUGACCGGAGCUGUGGGGGAGGCCGAUCCCUGAGGAGCCGCAGCUGCUCGAGCCCCCCACCCAAGAACGGGGGUGCCCCCUGUGUUGGGGAGAGGCACCACGCUCGACUCUGUAACCCUAUGCCCUGUGAGGACGGCUGCCCAGCAGGCAUGGAGGUGGUCAGCUGUGCCAACCUCUGUCCCCGACGCUGCUCAGAUCUCCAGGAGGGGAUCGUGUGUCAGGACGGCCAGGCCUGCCAGCAGGGCUGCCGCUGCCCCGAGGGCUCGCUGGAGCAGGAUGGCGGCUGCGUGCCCACUGGCCACUGUGAGUGCACAGAUGCCCAGGGCCGCAGCUGGGCCCCGGGGAGCCGGCACCAGGAUGCCUGCAGCAACUGCACAUGCCAGGCCGGGCAGCUCUCCUGCACAGCACGGCCCUGCCCGCCGCCCAUCCACUGCGCCUGGAGCCGCUGGUCAGCCUGGAGUCCCUGCAGCCGCUCGUGUGGUCCCGGGGGACAGCAGAGACGCUUCCGGUCCUCCACAUCUGGCUCGUGGGCCCCAGAGUGUCAAGAGGAGCAGUCCCAGAGCCAGCCCUGCCCUCAGCCUCCCUGCCCACCCCUGUGCCUGCAUGGUGACCGCCCCCACUCCCUUGGGGACAGCUGGUGGCAGGGCGAGUGCCAGCAAUGCUCCUGCACCCCGGAGGGCGAGCUGUGUGAGGACACUGAGUGUGCAGUGCCCGGGGCCUGGACACCGUGGUCCCCCUGGUCUGACUGCCCUGUCUCCUGUGGAGGUGGAAACCAGGUUCGCACCCGGGUCUGCGUGGCUUCAGCUCCUCCCCACGUGCGGCAGCUGCCCUGCCUGGGCCCUGACACCCAGACCCAGCGCUGUGGGCCGCAGCCCUGCGGGGGGCUGCUGGAGGCCUGCUCCUGGGGCCCGUGGGGGCCCUGUUCCCACAGCUGUGGCCCAGGCCUGACCUCCCGCUCUGGGUCCUGCCCCUGCCCACUGGCCGAGGCUGACCCCGCCUGCAAUGGGACCUUCCUGCACCUGGACACCCAGGCCUGCUACGUGGGGCCCUGCCUGGAGGAGUGCAUGUGGAGCAGCUGGAGCAGCUGGACGCAAUGCUCAUGCCAGGUGCCAGUCCAGCAGCGCUACCGACACCAGAGACCGGCACCCGGAGGGAUGGGGGAGGAACCCCCCUGCACGCGACUGGAUGGCUACUUCCGGCCUUGCCUCAUUGGCAACUGCUCUGAGGACAGCUGCACGCCUCCCUUUGAGUUCCGGGCCUGUGGCUCCCCCUGCACUGGGCUCUGUGCCACACACCUGAACCCUCAGCUCUGCCAGGACCUGCCGCCCUGCCAGCCUGGCUGCUACUGCCCCGAGGGACUGCUUGAGCAGGCCGGGGGCUGCAUUCCCCCAGGGCAGUGUAACUGCCAGCACAUCUCAGGAGAAGGAGCCAGGGUGACCUUGGCUCCUGGGGACCACCUGCGGCUGGGCUGCAAAGAGUGUGAAUGCCAGCACGGGGAGCUGCAGUGCACCAGUGGGGGCUGUAGAGGUCUUCUGCCUCUGAGUGGCUGGUCCGAGUGGUCGCCCUGUGGGCCCUGCCUGCCCGCCAGCAUCCUGGCCCCUGCCUCCAGGGCUGUCCUAGAGGAGCGGUGGCCCCUGGACCCAGUCAACCUCUCCCCAAUCUCGGCCCCCCUGCUGGCUUCGGAGCAGCACCGUCACCGCCUCUGUUUGGACCCUGAGACAGGGAGGCCCUGGGCUGGGGACCCAGACCUCUGCUCCCUGCCGCUCAGCCAGCACCGCCUCUGCCCAGACCCUGGCGCCUGCCUCGACUUGUGCCAGUGGAGUCCUUGGGGGCCCUGGAGCCCCUGCCAGGUGCCCUGCAGUGGGGGGUUCCGGCUGCGCUGGAGAGAGGCAAAGGACAUCCCUGGAGGAGGCUGCCGGGGACCAUGGGCUCAGACUGAGGGCUGCAACAUGGGGCCCUGCCCAGGGGAGAGCUGUGAGGCCCGGGACACCGUGCCCACCCUUGACUGUGCCAACCAGUGUCCUAGAAGCUGUGCUGACCUCUGGGACCGUGUGGAGUGUCUGCAGGGACCGUGCCGCCCAGGCUGCCGUUGUCCCCCUGGUCAGCUUGUGCAGGACGGGCGCUGCGUGCCCAUCUCCUCCUGCCACUGUGGCCUGCCCAGCCCCAAUGCCUCCUGGGUGCUGGCCCCAGCCGAGGUGGUACAGCUGGACUGCAAAACCUGCACCUGUGUCAAUGGGUCCCUGGUGUGCCCACACCGCGAGUGCCCAGUUCUGGGGCCGUGGUCAGCCUGGAGCCGCUGCUCGGCACCCUGUGGUGGGGGCACCAGCGAGCGCCAUCGGAGCUGCAAGGAGGGUCCCAGGGGGGCACCAUGCCAGGCCCAGGACAUGGAGCAACAACAGGAAUGUAACCCGCAGCCCUGCCCUGAGUGCUCGCCUGGCCAGGUGCUCAGCACCUGUGCCACUUCGUGCCCGCACCUCUGCUCGCAUCUUUGGCCCGGCGCUCUCUGUGUGCGGGAACCAUGCCAGCUUGGCUGUGACUGCCCUGGAGAGCAGCUAUUGCACAAUGGCACGUGUGUGCCCCCCGCUGCGUGUCCCUGCACCCAGCUCUCUGUUCCCUGGGGCUUCACUUUGACCCUUGAAGAGCAGGCUCGGGAGCUGCCCGCAGGGACUGUGCUCAGCCAGAACUGCACCCACUGUAUCUGCCAAGGUGGAGCCUUCAGCUGCUCCCUCACUGACUGUCAGGAGUGUCCCCCUGGAGAAAUGUGGCAGCAAGUGGCCCCCGGGGAGCUGGGCCCCUGCGAGCGGACAUGUCAGGAGCCCAAUGCCACGGAGACUCGGGGCAAUUGUAGGGCGGGACAGGCCCCAGGCUGCUUGUGCCGGCCAGGGUACUUCCGCAGCCAGCCGGGCCCCUGCGUGACCGCAGAUCACUGCGAGUGCUGGCACCAUGGGCGUCCCCACCCGCCUGGAACCGAAUGGCAGGAGGCCUGUGAGAGCUGCCACUGCCUCAAUGGGAGGAGCGUCUGCACCCAGCACUGCCCCCUCCUCACCUGUGCCCAGGGCGAGGUGACUGUGCAGGAGCCAGGGAGCUGCUGUCCCGCCUGCCACCAGGAGUCUCUGGAGGAGCAGUCAGCCUCCUGCCGGCGCCUCACUGAGCUUCGAAACCUCACCAAGGGCCCCUGCUACCUGGACCAGGUGGAAGUGAGCUACUGCAGUGGGCACUGCCCAUCCAGCACCAACGUCAUGCCUGAGGAGCCGUACCUGCAGAGCCAGUGCGACUGCUGUAGCUACCGCCUGGACCCGGAGAACCCCGUGCGGAUCCUGAGCCUACGCUGUCCGGGCGGCCGCACGGAGCCCGCGCUGCUGCCGGUCAUCCACAGCUGCCAGUGCAGCCCCUGCCAGGGAGGUGAUUUCUCAGAGCGCUGACGGCUCCCUAGAUGAGGCUGCCCUGACUCGCAUGUGAUCGCCGGGCUCAGCAACAGCGAUGCCUCUUCCCAUGCCCACCCCUCCACUCCAUGCCCUGGCACUAGCAUUUUCCAAAUAAAGUAACGUUGGCAGCAAGCACCAGUCAGAGUCUGCAUCCAGGGGGGAAAGGGAGGGAGGGCAGGUUUAGGCCCUGGCCGUGACUGCCUCCUGGGCACUUCUGUGAUCAGUUAUACUGGUGAACUUGCGCAAGUCACCUCCCUACCCGAGCCUCAGUUUCCUCACCUGUGGCAGGUUGAAUAUACAGUGGUGCCUCGGUUUUCGAAUGUCUCAGU